UUGCCGUGCGGUAAGGAUUCCUCUUUCGACUGGACGGUUCCCACUCGCACCGAUGACAUUCGAGUGCACACAAUCGAUUCCGUUGUUUUCCAUUGCCGUCCAAAAAUAAGUCUGCCGAGUCAUGGGAAACAAUACAAGCACCCGCAGAGAGCAGAACACGUCGACCUUGUUGGUUUCUUCGAGUGAGCUCCGAGAAUGGCCGACGGCUCCGAAAGGCCUCCCGAUGGACGCCUCGCGAUCGGCAACAAAUACCGUUGCUGCUGCGGACGAGUCGCAACAGGUACGGAUCGAGAAACCCCACCCUUCCAAAGUUGUUUUUGUCACGACCUCCAAGACGUUCGGCGGCACGUCGUCGACGAAUCUGAGCUCGCUCGAAGAUCUCACGCGUUCGGACGACACAGCUUCCCUGGUGUCCUCCAUUUCCGAAUCCGAGAACUACGCGCCUUGCUUCCGUGUCAAAGCAUGGGACCGCAAGACACGCUAUUCCGAUCUCAUUGCUGAUGGUUUGCGCUACAAGAACAGGGACACUUCGAACGUCAUUUUGCUUUUCGAGAGUCCUUCGACAUCCACCACGGAUUCGUCAUUUUACAAUGGACAAGUCUACAAGUUCCACGACUAUCCACCGGCGCCGUCCAUAAGCAAAGGCAUCUUGGGACCCUGCCGCUAUUCAAUGAUGAACGGUAGCACUUUUCCUUCCUUUUUGCGCAAUGGCGAGCCGCCGGCGGGUCUGAUGGAGCACUGGACGCGAUACGUGCCCGAUUUUACGGCACCUUCCUUUGUUUCCUCGAUUCCCAACGAAGCACACGUAUACGCAUAUCUUCCGGUGGAAACCAUUACCAACCACGUCAACGACCCACACGUGCACUAUCACAUGGUGGGUAAGGAUGCCAUUCAUCUCAUGACGGACAAGACCACUAAGCUUCUCGCCAACACUUCUCAACAACGACCCUGCAUUGCCAAAACCACACACUCCAUGGGCAGCAAGGGCAUUUUUGUUAUUCGCAACGACCAAGACGAGGCCGAGUUUCACGCCUUUUUGGCCGAGUCGGGCAAUCCGACUUUUGUCGUUACCGAGUUUGUGGAAAUUGCACGCAACGUUGCCUGUCACUUCUUCAUGCACCCCAACGGCGAAAUCGUCUGGCUCGGUUCCAACGAAAACAUCCGCAACGACGACGGCACUUUUUCUUCCGACUCGUAUUUGCUCCAAGAGGACCAAGACUACUUGCGUGAAAUCCAGUUGCCUUACGUCAAGGACGUUGCUACCUACUGCCAGUCACUGGGAUUCUGGGGCUUUUGCGGUGUUGAUGUGCUCUUCGACAAGCACGGCCAAGGCUAUCUAGUUGACGUCAAUCCCCGUGUGACUGGUUCCUGCCCGUCAUUGAUGGUGGCAUCCUUGCUGCGGGACAAGUACGGAUACGAAGUUGGUCUGUUCCGUCGCAGCGGCAAGAUUUCGUUUUACGGAACCGCUGUGGAGCUCUUUGCGCAAGUCGAGGAGUUCAACACAGCCAACGAAGGGCACGCGCAGAUUGUUCUUUUUGCUGUUUUGGAAACCGAACCUGGGCUCACCAAGAUCAACAUGGGUGUAUACGGUAACAAUGCCGACGAGUGUCUUGCCACUCUCGACCACUUUGGCAAGCCCAAGCCGGAACCCAUUGACGUGGUUGUCUAGACCAGAGGCACAACUAUUAGCCCCAAAACAAUCGUGCGUUUUUCCUGUUCAUGUACAGCUGCAUCCGCCAUUUCCUCUCGAGAAUGUAAAAACUGCAUGUUCCUGCGCGUAUACAAUUUACAUACACAGCCAAGACCAAUUUCUCUCUCAUGUAUCCAAUAGCCCCAAGUAAUUAGAAGUAUAAAACCUUUCUUGUGAAAAUGUGAAU